GGCUUCUAACGAACCCUUGGCCCAUAUUUUACUAAACCCGAAAUAAUUAAAUGGCCUAAAAGGAACCCUUUCGAUGAAGGCAAAGGUUCAAUUUCAGAAAGAAAAAAACUGGGCAUGCUUCUUUCUUCUUCUUCUUCUCUCAGAGAGUUUUCAGGCGGAGAAGCUCAGAGUCAGAGUCAGAGCCUUCCUUCCAGAGAAAUCCCUCAAAUCUCACCCAAGCCAUGCAGGGAAGAAGAUGACCUCCAUCAUCAAUUCAUGGCUCCUUAUUACAUCUUUCGUCCUCUUCUUAUUGGCUAUUAACUGUCGAGGGGAAUCUUCGACGUGUUUGGCCGUUUACAAACAAGGCGGAGCUCCAGCCGUGUUUCAAUCACCCAAAUGCCCUCGUUGGAAUCUCCACAAUUGGGGUCAAAGUGGAGCUGGUCGUUGCCAUACUGCAGCUAUUAAAGGUCGGAGGAACUACCAAGAGGAUCGUCUCCUCUGUGCUCUUGAUCUUCGCAUUCCAUUUCCCGGCAAGACUGGAACAAAGGAUGUUUUGGUUGGAAUUGCAGCAGUCUUUGAUGGACAUAAUGGUGCAGAAGCCAGUGAAAUGGCUUCAAAACUUUUAUUGGAUUACUUUGCUUUGCAUAUCAACUUUCUCUUGGACGCAACUUUUUCUGCUAUGACGAGGAAGAUGAUUGGACGACUACCAACUAAAGGGGAGCACGGUGUUAUUUUGCAUGGCGUAAGUCGGGAUGAUAUCAUGCAUCUAUACAACCUGGAUUUUCAAAUGCAGUUUCGAGACUCAUUGCCACUUAAUUUUGAUGAUUCUCUUCACUUGGAUAUUAUGAAGGAAGCAUUGCUGAGAGCGAUCCAUGACAUUGAUGCCACAUUUACUAAGGAAGCAUCAGCCCGAAAGCUUAAUUCAGGUUCAACUGCUACAAUUGCACUUAUAGCUGAUGGUCAACUAAUGGUUGCUAGUAUCGGUGACUCAAAGGCACUUCUGUGUUCUGAAAAAUUUGAGACUCUCGAAGAAGCUAGAGCUACUUUGGUGAAGUUGUACAGAGAGCGAAGGCGCAAUCGAGGCUCUUCACCAUCAAGGUUCUCUGACUUUAAACUGGAACAUGGCAAUGGACUACUGCAUUUCAUUGCCAAAGAAUUGACAAAGGACCAUCACCCAAAUAGGGAGGAUGAAAAGAUUCGUGUUGAAGCUGCAGGAGGUUAUGUCACAGAGUGGGCCGGUGUGCCACGAGUGAAUGGCCAGCUGACUGUCUCCCGUUCAAUUGGUGACCUUACUUAUAAAAGUUACGGUGUCAUCUCUGCACCUGAGGUGAUGGACUGGCAGCCUCUACUGGCUAAUGACAGCUACUUGGUAGUAUCAUCGGAUGGCAUCUUUGAGAAGUUGGAGGUGCAAGAAGUAUGUGAUCGUCUGUGGGAAGUAAACAAUCAAACUAGCUCUGGAGCAGGAGUGCCUUCAUACUGCUCAAUUUCUUUGGCAGACUGCUUGGUUAAUACUGCCUUUGAGAAGGGAAGUAUGGAUAAUAUGGCUGCUGUUGUUGUUCCUCUAAAAUCGAAUCUAGUUACGCAGCUCCAAUGGAAAGAGCAGAGCAUGAAUGACAACAAAGAUAAGAUUGCUUCAGCACUACCCACUAACAACUGUGCGCUUCCAUUGCCUAAUGAUAUAAAUUUGGGUCCAUUGCAAUUGAAACAGGCUCAACCACUUGCAACCAUGUUUAACAGGUUAUUGGUUGAAGUUAAAAACGGAAGUUUUUGCCGCUUUUAUAUGUCAGAGAACCUUAUUGGGGCGUCUCAAGGGCAAAUGGACAAUUUGAACGGUUACAUGGGUGACUUACCUCAGGUUCUACCUGCAUCUGCCGAGCCAUUCCCUGGCUGGUGUUUAUCUUCUGGAACGACUACCAACGAGAAUCAAGAUCAGUGCAUCAAUCCUGAUAGUUUUGCUACUUUCCUUGGGUUACUUGAAUCUGUACCCUUACAUGGUUUUGGUGCUAAUAACGGGACGGAUGAGAUUCCAUUUCCUGACUCAAGCUAUGUGCUGAAGAAAAAAUUUGGGCGUGGUGCAUUUGGUGAGGUAUGGUUGGCAUUUCACUGGAAUUGCUAUGAAGGAAAUAACGCUACUAGUUCGAUCGAUGAAGAUAAAAAUACAUCGAAAAAUGGUGUUCAUUAUGAUGCUGAUGGUCCUAAUAACUCCUUCAUUCUGAAGCGGAUAAUGGUAGAGAGAGGACCAACUGUUUAUUUAAGUGGUCUAAGGGAGAAGCAUUUUGGUGAACUGUUUCUAAAUGCAUAUAAUAUAAGUGAGAGUUCUUCUGCAACGCAAACGUCAAGUUCUCAACCAGCGUCAUCAGGAUUGGGUCUCUCUGAAGAGGGUUUGAAACAUAUUGCUAGAUACAUAGAGUAUUUUGAAUCUCGAUAUAAUGACAUAUGGCUUGUGUUUCACCACGAGGGUGUAUCUUUAUCAAAGCUGAUGUACACUGCCGAAGAAGCAGAGAAUAGCUCUGCUGGUGAAAAGGCUGAAGAAGCAAGUCACGGGCAGAUACUUCGUCCGUCGAAGUGGUGGACCUGGUUGAAGACGACAGAAUCAGGAAAAGAAGAAAUGCGGAGAAUAAUAUGGCAAUUGUUGCUAGGUCUAAAGGCAUGCCAUGAUCGCAACAUUACUCACAGAGAUAUAAAACCCGAGAAUAUGGUGAUAUGCAUUGAAGACAUCAAGUCCGGAAGAUGCUUAAAGGGUGUACCAAAUGGAGAUCAUAACUUCAAAACUAAAAUGCGCAUCAUCGACUUUGGCAGUGCACUUGAUGAGUAUACAAUGAAACAUUUAUAUGGGUCAACAGGUCCAUCAAGAGCAGAACAAACUCAUGAUUAUGCACCACCCGAAGCCAUUAUGAACAGUAGCUGGCACCAUGGACCGACCAGUUUGACACUGAAAUACGACAUGUGGAGUGUUGGGGUUGUGAUGUUAGAGAUGAUUUUAGGAUCACCCAAUGUUUUUGAGAUUAGUUCUGUUACACGUGCCCUUUUGGAUCAACAUAUCAGAGGUUGGAGUGAAAAUUUUAAAGAGCUUGCAUACAAGCUUCGAUCCCUUAUGGAGAUGUGCAUCUUAAUCCCAGGUAGUUCUUUAAAACAUGGUGGCGCCAGCUCAAAGCAGGGUGGGAUUUCACUUGCGUCAUGGAAAUGCUCUGAAGAGUUUUUUGCAGAACAGAUAAAGAGUAGAGACCCUCUGAAGAUUGGGUUUCCAAAUGUUUGGGCUUUAAGGUUGGUGAGGGGUCUAUUACAGUGGUACCCUAAUCGCCGAUCCUUGUCCUCCUCCACCAGUCGUUGCCAUACGGCGGCGAUUCAAGGUCGGAGGAAAUACCAGGAGGAUCGUCUUCUCUGCGCUCUUGAUCUUCGCAUUCCCUUUCCCGGCAAGAAGACUGGAACACCAACGGAUGUUGUGGUUGGAAUCGCCGCUGUCUUUGACGGCCACAAUGGUGCAGAAGCCAGUGAGAUGGCUUCACAACUUUUGUUGGAUUAUUUUGCUCUCCACACUUACUUUCUCCUCGACGCCACAUUUUCCAAGGAGCUCUCUGGAACGCUACCAAAUCCUCUCAUGCAUCUAUACGACCUCAAUUUCCAAAGGUUCCAAGAUUCAUUGCCGCUCAAUUUUGGUGAUUCUCUUCACUUGGAUAUUCUGAAAGAAGCCUUGCUCAGAGCUAUCCACGAUAUUGAUGCAACAUUUACUAAGGAAGCAUCUAACCGAAAGUUGGAUUCAGGUUCAACGGCCACAGUUGCACUUACCGCAGAUGGUCAACUACUGGUUGCUAGCAUCGGUGAUUCUAAGGCACUUUUGUGUUCCGAAAAAUUUGAGACUCCUGAAGAGGCUAGAGCUACUUCAAUAAAGUUGUACAGAGAGCGUAAGCGCAAUCGAGACUCUUCCUCAUCAAGGUUCUCUGAUUUUAAGCUGGAACAUCGCAAUGGACUCAUACGUUUUAUUGCCAAAGAAUUGACUAAGGACCAUCACCCAGAUAGAGAGGAUGAAAUGCUCCGCGUUAAAGCUGCAGGAGGUUAUGUCACUGAGUGGGCCGGUGUGCCACGGGUAAAUGGUCAGCUGGCCGUCUCCCAUUCAAUUGGUGACCUUACUUAUAAAAGUUACGGUGUCAUCUCUGCACCUGAGGUGAUGGACUGGCAGCCUCUACUGGCUAAUGACAGCUACUUGGUAGUGUCAUCUGAUGGUAUCUUUGAGAAGUUAGAGGUGCAAGAUGUAUGCGAUCGUCUGUGGGAAGUAAAGAAUCAAACUAGCUUUGGAGCAGGAGUGCCUUCAUAUUGCUCAGUUUCUUUGGCAGACUGCUUGGUUAAUACUGCCUUUGAGAAGGGAAGUAUGGAUAAUAUGGCUGCAGUCGUGGUUCCUCUACAAUCCAAUAUAGACUGGCAGAGCCAACCAAAAGAGCAAUAUGUGGGUGGCAACAUAGAUGAGUUUGCUUCGGGAUUGCAGAUGAAGAGUACAUAUGCACUGCCAUAUAGAACUUUUGGUGCAUUGCAAUUGAAGCAGGCUCAACCAGUUCCAACCAUGUUUAACGAGUUAUUGGUUGAAGUAGAAAACAAGAGCUUUCAUAUGGCAGAGAACCUUAAUGCAUCAUAUGGGUGCAUCUAAUUUUUUUUACCAGGAAAAUCAAGAUUACUGAACUAA